CAAGCAUUGAGAAGGUGGCAAGUCGUAUGGGAAAGUAAACCAAAGGCCUCUUUUUUCCCCAACCACCCAGCUAGACCUAUACUCUUCAAUUAUACCGCAAUUCUGAGGAUAGCAUAAAUCCGACUUGUAGCCGACUUUACCCACUGCGAGCUAUGUUUGCCUGGACCGACGAUGUGGACGAGAUCGGUCGGAAACUUGAAGAGAUGGAACCAAUUCGCCGCAACUCGUACAAGACAAGGGCAGUCUUGUAUGCCUGCCUUGCCCUCAAGGUUCCUGUAAACUUAGGAUUUGAGGUGACAGCAAAAACCAAGUCCUGGAUCUGGAGUGUACAGCACGCCUUGAGCUAUUUUGAAUGUGCUCUUCUCUUAUCAAAGAUAUUG